AUGGCCGCCACCGGCGGGAGCGGAGUAGGGAGUGAGCCAGCCAUGGCACCACCUCACCACUCGUCGCCAGAGGCUAGCCCAGGUCGUGGUCCGUUUGAAAGAAGCGAUACACCGCCACAGACCAACUGGCCCAGCUCACGCGAGCGUACUCUGAGUGACAACAGCACCAUCGUACUGCUGGCCUUGGAGGCGAUCUGGGCGCGAGCCCAGCAAUUGCACCACGAGCUUCUGGACUAUCAGCACCAGCAGCAGCAAACGCAUGAGGGCCACAGUGUAUUUUGGACGCCCCACCCCAAUCGUUCAGCCCUUUUGUCUGAAAUUGACGAACUCGAAACGGCUGCCGUGGAGCUCGAGCCAGCCAAGGAGUUGGGGCCGCUGCGUGCAGAGGGUGUCCAAAUUCAGCUCGACAUUUUCAGACUGUGCACGUCUUGUCGAGAAGAAUUAGCCAUGCCCCUGGAGCCCGUGCUAGAUGAAGAUGCCCCUGCUGACAGCGCAACCCCGCAAGCUGCAUCGUUGACGCAUGCGCCCGCCCAACCAGAGUCCCCACACGUUGGCGUGGAUCAAGCCAGUCCAGCGUCAUCCACCCCGCUACUUGUCCAUCAGAGGGAGCCGCCAUCAAGCUUGCGCGCGGGCUUUGAAGCCGCUCCAAAUAUGUUGCGAAGUGAAAGCAGCAGUGGUCCUGUCGCCCCGCGUCGCUCCAUUCACGCCAAUCUAGCCAGCGGUUUCGUGCAGGCGAUUCUCGAAAAGCAGUUUGCUGACGGUGAAUCUCACGCCGCUUUCUCCACAUUGGCACGCCAUCUAGCUGAUGCCUGGGCGCGUAUCCGACACCUGCCUCUGGCGCGAGUAGCUCAUGACUUGGAGGAAGUCAAUGUGCGCACACUGGCUGACCUUGCCACCCUCAGUAGUUCACAGCUACAGUCUCUCGUGACCUCCUUUGGCAUGGGCGGCAGUGCCGCCUCCUCAGCCUCGUCAGUUCCAAAUGAGCCCGUACACCCAGACACUGGCGCAAGCUCGCAUCCAGGCCCUGCUUCGCACACGCGUACUGAUACGCCCUCAACUGCGGCAAGAUCUGGGCAACGUGCCGAUGGCCCUGCCACUAGCACACGCUCUGUGAGCAGCGGGGGCGCCAGUGCCUUUCUCCACGCUCGACUUUUAUCGCUUCUGGACCGCGGUGUGGUGCAGUGCUUGCCCCACCAGAUUCUCGGGAAUGGACGCUUUGGUUAUGUGUAUCGCUGCGAGGUGAACAACCAGCCAGCAGCGCUCAAGAUGGUUCAAGUGGGCACGGAAGCAUCUGCCUUUCCAGCCACGAUGCGUGUUGUCGAGGAAGCCAAGCAUCUCAUGGCCCUGCGGCAUCCCAACAUCCUGGGCUACCUCGAUGUCUUUGGUCACCAGGUGCCCAUGGGCGGCGGCAACUUUGUAUGCAUCCUCAUGGAGUUGUGCGAUCUGGGCACGCUGGCAGACGCUGUUUUUGAGGGCCGCAUCGACUUUGGUGGGAUGGUGGAUGCCAUCCGACAGAUUGCCGCUGCUCUUGCCUAUGCCCAUGGCCAAGGUGUAGUUCAUGCAGACAUCAAACUCGAAAACGUGCUGGUGCGGCGAGGACCGGAACGCGAUGUUGUUAAAGUUGGAGACUGGGGAAUCGCUCGGCGCGAGCCUCUCUCCAUCUGUGCACCGCCCCUGCACAAUGUCACCGAAGAAACGUUGCUCUCCGAUACCGAGCGGGCCCUGUUCACCUACGACCAUGCCGCCCUCCUCCCCGAGCCCAGUCGAGGUGAUACGCCCGUGUCGCUGCUCUCGGCCUCUGACCGUGCCCUCGCAGCCGCAGCCACCGCGGCGCGGACUCGCACACAGGCCUCACGGAUUGACAGUCAUGGACCAGGCCGGGACGCAGGUGCAGCGCAAGGCCACGGCCAUCCACUCUCAACGCCACGCGGCACCGUGUGUUACCAGCCGCCAGAAGCGUUUGACUUUCAGCUUUUCCACGAAGGCUUUCGGUGGGCCUGUGAUAUCUGGGGCCUGGGCUGUGUAUUGUACGAGACGGUCACACAAAAUUGCCUCCCUUUGGGCCAAGGUUUUAUUGGCCAACUAGCUGCGCGCGCCGACGAGGCGCCGUGGCUCGCCCUCCGAGCGCAGCUUCUACAGCACUUUGCACUCGCGGUUCAACACGCCGAGUGUCGUGACCCCACCAUCGGCCGGGACACCGUGCGCCUUUGCAAGCAACAACUUGGGGUUCUGCUUACACAGAUGUGGGCAGAAGACUGCCGAUUGCGGCCCCCAGCAGCCGACAUUCUGGCCCAGCUCCCGUCUCGCUUUCAACUCCGUGUCGCCCCACCUGCCUAA